AUGUCAUCUCCAUUGGAAGAAGAUCAUCCUGAAACACCCUCUUCCCCCGACCCUUUUGGCGACUCGGCCUCAAUAUUCACGACAACCUCACCACCAUCCCAACCCCGCCGAACCAUUCCCUCUUUUCGUUCGAUAUCAGAUUCCCAAACGACCGCACAAAGCUCAAAUCCACUCGCCCCCCUGAAUGCUGCCCGAAGACCCGGCCCUCCGCAGGUUCCUUUCGCAUCCAUGCAGUCCGUGGGGAGCGGUACCGGGGGAUUGCCGAAGGACGUGCACGCCAGAUUGCAAGCAUUCCAGGCUUCAAGACGUGGUGCCCCAUCAGCGGCGAUGAGCGGAGGCACACCAACGCUCCAGACAAAGGUUUCCCCGGUAAUUGGACCUGCUAUGAGCCCCACCGGCGCUCCGUUUAGUCCUGCUGGCGGGAUGCCCGGAAGCCCCGGUGGUCGACCAGCCGCUCCGCAGAAUUGGAUAUCCGCCCCUGCUAUGGCCGGACGUGUGGGGCCGCCAAGGAUGUCUCUAAUGGAGAGACGGAGGAUUCAGGGCUUUCCUGGAGCCCUUCCACCAGCUCCCGGGGCAGUUCCACCGGGACCUCUGGGUGGGGGCAAUCCAGUUGCUAAUGGUGGGACCGGCGCUGCCCCUACAGACGGCGUUCAAGGAUCGCUGUUUGACAAGUAUUCGGAAUAUGUUGAUGCUAAGACCGGAAGUCUGAAAUUCGCGGGGAAGGCCGUCUUGCACAGUAAAGGUGUGGAUUUUUCUUCAGGCAGCAGCUUUAGUAUCUCGUUGGAGGAGCUGGACCAACUGGAGGAGCUUGGGAAGGGCAAUUACGGAACGGUUCACAAGGUUGUGCACAGGCGCCCAACUGUGUCACGGAAUGGAGCAGGCCCAAUGCCGAACUGCCCCAGCUCACCUAUUUCUGCGUCAUCCCCCAGGCCCAUUGCCGAUAGCGGCGAGGAACCUCCGGCUCCACGUGGAACGGGAGUGGAGAUGGCCAUGAAAGAAAUCCGACUCGAGCUCGACGAAAACAAGUUUGCGCAAAUUAUUAUGGAGCUAGAUGUGCUCCAUCGCUGUCUUUCGCCUUUUAUCAUCGAUUUCUAUGGGGCUUUCUUCCAGGAGGGCGCUGUAUACAUCUGUAUGGAGUACAUGGACGGUGGCUCCAUUGAUAAGCUUUACAAAGAUGGUGUCCCUGAGAAUGUGCUGCGGAAACUCACUUAUGCUACAGUUAUGGGGCUUAAGACCUUGAAAGACGACCACAAUAUCAUUCAUCGAGACGUGAAGCCGACCAAUAUUCUGGUCAACACUCGAGGCGAGAUCAAGCUUUGCGAUUUUGGUGUCUCGGGGAACCUUGUUGCUAGCAUAGCAAAGACAAACAUUGGAUGUCAAAGUUAUAUGGCGCCUGAGAGAAUUGCGAGCGGCGGUGUCCAGGCCACUGUCGGUGGCUCAGCGCCAGGCACGUAUAGUGUGCAAAGUGAUAUUUGGAGUUUGGGGCUAAGUCUCCUGGAAUGUGCCAUGGGAUGUUAUCCAUAUCCACCGGAAACCUACAACAAUAUCUUUAGCCAACUUAGUGUAAGACUCCCAAUGCUUACUGGCGAGAUUCUCGUGCUGACAGAUGCCGGCAAAUAGGCUAUCGUCGAUGGUGAGCCUCCAGACUUACCAGAGAAAGGCUUCUCAGCAGAAGCUCGUAACUUCGUACGUGGUUGUCUAAAUAAGAUUCCAAAUCUACGACCCACAUAUUCCAUGCUUCUUCGACACCCCUGGUUGUCGGAGUUCUCCCAACCAGCCACCAUUUCAGAGGAGGACGAAGAGAUGCAAUCGCCUGUAACUCCACCCACAAUCAAGGGUGAUAAAGAGGUCGCGGAAUGGGUUGUUGGUGCUAUUGCAGAACGGAAAGCUCGAAUAGAAUCGGGCGGCAAGGGGACCGAAUCGGAAAAGCCCGCUUUGCAUGCUGCUCCGCUGGACGUGGUGGUUAUAGCGCCUACCAAAGAUGCUCCCGCGGCUGAGCCGACCACCCCGGGAGAUGUAAAACCUGAAGACCAGGAGCUGAAAAGCGCAACAUCAGACCUCCUAAAAUUGGCUGUAGAAGGAUAAAUCGACCAUUCCUAGAUUUUACACGGAUUCAUCAUCACCUCUCCUCACCCCUCCUCUUGCUUCCUUCUUUCCGGUUCACUUUUUCCAUCAUUUCCUUUGCGCAUUUGAGAACCUGAUUCAAUGGAUAACGAUAUUUGCAUCUUGCCACAAAAGCCCCAUAUCAUUUCCUUUUUUACUUUUUAUUGUUUUUUUCCCAUAUAGUUUCCCUUUCGUUUGGGAGGGGUUGGCAUAUAUCCAUCCCUGGUUCUUUCUCAUGUUACCUUCUAUUCCAGUUUAUUUUCCCCCCUUCGCGAAUCUCUUUGUAUGGAAUAUUUCCUCUUAUUUCUUACCUUUUGCUAUAGGGGAUACAUGGGGAAGGCGCGCGGGCUCUUUUUCCUUCCCUUUUUAGAUUUCUCCCUUUUUGUGCUUUGAACGGCGUGCCGGGUAUGGAGGGAUUGGCGGAAGAUGGAAAGAAAGGGAAAAGGAAAACCCUUCGAAAAUUACAAUGUUGGAUAAUGUUUUGUCUGUGCGAUGCGUGAUGUGAUCUUUUUUCUGAGCUAGUCAAGUUUGUCAUGAGUAGUCACUCGGUGGUGAGGUUUGAGAGGCGGAUCGCCCGGUGGGAAUCGGUCGCUGGCAUGGAGCGUCGAUGAGGGUGGCUGUCCUGUCAUACCGGUAUUUAUCUACAACCCGUGGUGCCGAGAGUAGCGCGAAGUGCGCUGAACGAGGUUUUCACGAGUCAUGAACGUUCCAUGACAGCACUCUUCUGUUGGACACGCUGCUGAUGUGCCGGCGCCUCGCGGCCUGUGGCUGUGGGAUAGAUGGUUUGAUCAGUGACCUCCCUUCCGGCCUUCCAAAUCCUCUCCUGCUCAUAGCCAAACAUGCCCUUUUUCAUCACCAAAAUCCCGACUGUGGUUAUCCGCACGAAGGGAUUUCGCCGCUAGAUAUCGACGGUUUUUAUUGCCUACAAUUCCCCUUCCCUCCAGGAUGCAUCGGCGCCAAUGAUGCACCCAAUGUAUAGCAAUGCAGUAUUGCACUCGACCUCGAGCAAAAAGAAAAAGGAAAAAAGAAAAAAAAAAGAAGAGA